AUGAGUGCAGCUCUCACUGGCGCCCAAGUCAAUUUUGAUGCUCUUGGAAUUCCAGUGAAGCACAAUUUGUUACAGAUUGUCGCUGAUGAUGCAGAAAGUUAUGUAAAGAACAUUUUAAGAAAAGCUUCAAUUUUAUAUAGAAAUUCAAGGGCUGAAAAAUUAAUGCCAAAGCAUUUAAAUACAAUCCUUGAAUCAACACAUGAGAAACCAUUACUCGGAUAUAAUAAUUCUCCAUCUUUUCUAUUAUCUUCAGUUGGAUUCGAACAAUCAGAAAUUUUCAUUGUAAAAGAUCCGAUCGAAAAGCUCACAAAUGCAAUGGAUAGUAAGCCUGCAACAAUUCCUCGCAUGUUUCCAUAUGGUUAUCAGUGGUUUUUAGUUGGUGGAGUUCCACCUGAACGAGUUGUUGCUGAUCACUCGGCAGAUAGAAGUAAUGAUAUCUCAAGAUCUGAGUCAUUUGACAUUUUACGACCUUCUUCUGUUGAUACAACUUCAAGAACUUAUUCUACUCGUCAAUAUGUCGCAGAUGUCGUCUCUUCGCGCCAUUUGGCUGAAUAUGUUAGAAUCAUUAACCAACUCCGUGAUGAUACUACUAAUUCUCGGCUUAAAAUUUUGGAUCAUAUUCGAAAAGAACCAACAUUACAGCCAUUAAUACCAUAUUUGCUUCAAUUUAUUAUUAACGAACUUGCUACUCACUACAAUGAACCUGUAUUUGUUGAUAUUGUCAUCAGUGUUGCUUGUGCCCUAUUGGAUAACGAAUUUUUAUCAAUUUCGCUGUUUGCUCAUGCACUUAUUCGUAUAGCGUUAUCAAUACUCGUUACUCCUGAUUCUUCUUCAAUGAUUGCAGAAGAAGAUGCAAAAAUUCGUUCUGAAAGCGCUUAUUUGCUCAAAAGAGUUAUCGAACGAUGCGAAUCAGGUUAUACAGAGAUGAGGGUUGCAGUCUUUAAUUAUCUCGUUAAAAUACUCUUUAAUGCAAAUUCUACUUUGGCCGCUCAUUACGGAGCAUUGGCUGGCAUCAACGUAUUAGGGAUUGGUGCUAUUUCCAAGCUUUUGGGCCACAUUGUUCCUUAUUGUCUUUUAAUUUCAGCUCAAAAGGAUUCAAGACAGCAGGCAGCUUACAUUGAGUUGAUUGGAAAGCUAAUACAUGAUAUGAUUGCUAAAAUUGAGGAUUCUCCUGAUGAAAAAGAUCCAUCUGUUUUGAAGGCAAUUGAGAAGAUUAAGAAGAUAGAAUUCUAA